AUGUACAACCAACCAGUAUACGCCGAGACCACAACAGAAACCCUCUACGACUUCAUCCGGGCCAAUCCCCUCGGCGUCCUCACAACCGCCAUCCCCUCCGACCUCUACCCCCUCCUACAAUCCACCCACAUCCCCUGGAUCCUCGACCCCCCCAACGCAACCAAUGGAACCACCAAAGCAAGACUCCGGGGCCACAUCGCCCGCCAAAACCCGCAAUCCAAAGCCAUAACCGCCUCUCUCACAGCCUCCAACUCCCCUUCCGGCUCGUGCUUAUCCCAAGAAGUCAUGAUCCUCUUCACCUCCCCGCAUCACCACUACGUGACGCCCAAGUUCUACACGGAGACGAAACCGGCCACGGGGAAAGUAGCCCCCACGUGGAAUUAUAGUACAGUGCAGGUGUAUGGGACCGCGACUGUGUAUUUUGAUCCUGAGCGGCCGCGACGGGGGCAGGUUAUGGGGUUCUCGGGGGAGGAGGCCUGGAGGGUCGAUGAGGCGCCUGAGGGGUAUUUAAGGGUUUUGAAGAGGAAUAUUGUCGGGCUGAGUGUGGAGGUGGACAGGAUUGAGGGCAAGGUGAAGAUGAGUCAGGAGAGGAAACCCGGGGAUAGGCAGGGUGUUGUAAAGGGGUUUGAGGCUUUGGGGACUGAUACGGCGAAGGAGGUUGCGAGGUUGGUGAAGCUGAGGGGGGACGGGGUUGGGGGGUGA